UCCUAAAGCAGCUUAUUCAGAGGUUGACAGUUCACCGGCCAUCACCAUGCUGCUCCUGCCUCUCUUGUCGUUUUUUCCUUCUUUGUUGAAGUUGAUAUGUGCCAUGCAAAACAACGCUCUGUACCGAUAUCCGACAGGCACUGUUUCGUUCGGUAACUUUGAGCGCGAUCCCUUCUAUUACUUGUGGGCAGAGAAACUUUCAUCGUCCAUGGUGAAAGAUCAGUUGGACUGCACUUUUCUUUGUGUUCGUGAACCAAAUUGUUAUUCGUUCAACAUGGCUGCGUAUCCUGAUUCCAAGGGUGUUUGUCUGUGUGAGCUGUUGGCCACAGACAAAUACAGAGAAACUGAAAAGUUUCAUGCAAAUGCAACCUUCCAUCAUUACAGAGCACGGUCUCCAUGUGAAAGCUUUCCCUGCAAGAACGGUGGUGUCUGUGUUCCUAAAUAUGAAAAGAACUCCUAUCACUGUGAUUGUCAGCCUGGAUUCGAUGGAACUCACUGUAAACGUGGAGGAAAUCGAACCUGCAGUGACAUCAAACGCUUCUACCCUAGGACUCCGAGUGACUCUUACGUCAUCGAUCCUGAUGGAGAGGGCGGAGAGAAACCUUUUAAAGUCUUCUGUGACAUGACUAACAAGGGGGGGAUAGGAGUGACAGUUGUCAGUCACGAUAGUGAAAGCAGAAUGCUGGUGGAUGGAUUUGAUGUUCGUGGUAGUUAUUCGCGCAACGUUACUUAUAAUGAAGCCAGUCUAAUUCAGCUAGCAAGCUUAACAGCUUCAUCUGCUCACUGUGAGCAGUUUAUCAAAUACGAAUGCUAUCAUUCAAUGCUCCUUUACAAUGGUGGCAUGUUCGGCUGGUGGGUAUCACGUGAUGACGAGAAGAUGAAGUACUGGGGUGGAGUCGACUCUGCUCCAUUCAAAUGUGCAUGUGGGUGGAACAACACGUGCGCGGACAGCAGUUACGGCUGCAACUGCGAUAAAAACGAUUGGAAAUGGCGAGAGGACAGCGGUUUACUAACAAACAAGUCCAAGCUUCCCGUGAUUCAAAUGAGGUUUGGAGAUACCGGUGUCCUUUCCGGUGGCGAUGAAAAAGGAUAUCACACGCUUGGAAAACUGGAGUGUUAUGGACUUAUCUACUGAGAAGUCACAAAGACUAUAUGUUGAACAUCAAAAAGAUUGCUUGAUCACUGUACUCUCUUUGCAGAACUGAAUUAGAAUGGAGGUCCAUGAUAAUUCAGAGAAAUGUAAUGAAUUGGUAAUUU